AUUUAAAAACAUACGAAAGAAUCAAAGCUUUGAAUUUUUUUCAAUCUCGGUUCUCCUGUCGCCACCUCCCUCUUCAUCCGUUUCUUUCUGCCAUUAUACCAAUUUUCUGAUCUCCAGUCCACGCGGGCGCCGUCCCUAUAGACCUACUCUCCUCCCUCUUUGCCCUUUGCAAGCCAAUAACUUUCUCUAUCAUUGAGAGGAGAAAAGUAGACUGAUUCAGAGCAGAGACGACAGAGAUCGAUGAAGCUAUGGAUCAAAAUAAUCGCCGGCGCCAUCCCCGCCGCCGCCAUCCUCGUUCUCUCCAUCCUCCUUAUCCGGUGCCGUCGCCGCCGGAAGCGCCAGCAGCAGCUCAUCAGCCCCCAAACAUCCCUCCCUCAAAUCUCCGAGACCCCCGUAAAACCCAAAUUCGAUACUCUUCAAGCCGGCAUCAAUAAGUUCCACCUCUCCUACAAGUCGGGAAGCAGCGUAAGGAACAGCCUCCGCUUCCACCAGCUCAACAACAACCACCACCAUCAUACUCCAGCGUUGCCGCCGUCUUCUCCGUUCAACUGGGACGAGCACCCUCGCCUUAUCACCGAGGUCGUCGAAACUGGCUGGCCCGGCUUCGCCUUUUCCGCCUCGAUACCCCGGGCUUCUGCCAGCCCUCUUUGGGUUUUCUGCCCGGCGUGCGACGGCGGAACACAGCGUGAUGCGGCGGCGAGAGGCUGGGACUUGCCUGCCGGUUCGUCGGAGUUCAUGCAAACGGUAAGGCUCAACCCUGGUCCGAAGAAAAACUCCGAUGACCUAUCCUUCUCCUUCGUCAGAACAAGCCUUCCUCUUCCCGGCCCAGUGUUAGGCGGCGGAUCCUUCCCCCAAGAAGCUUAUUUUGAAAUCACCAUUCUCUACCUCCAACCACGGAAGAAGCUUCAGGAAACCGCAAGUAAGCGGGUAAAAGAUGGAGAAACUGAUCGGUCAAAACUGGUUAAAGGGAAUUCCAUCAACGCUUCAGCCCCCAUCAUAUUUACUCCCAAGGAACCAACUUCUAGUACAGAAAAAAGAAGAUCCGGCGAUCUCGCCGUUUGCUUGGGUCUAAUUAACAGAGCAUCCAUGUCGAAUCAGCCUUUGCCGGGAACUUUUCCUGGAUCAAUUGGCUUCCACUCCGAUGGCUCCGUUUAUCUUGAUGGAAGAAAGCUAAUUUUCGAAUCGGAAAAAGCAGAGUGGGCUGAUGUAAACAGAGUGAUUGGAUGCGGAUUCGCGCCGAGGAAGAAGAAGGUAUUUUUCACAGUUGAUUCUCAGCUUGUUCAUGUCAUCCGCUGCACCUCAGAGGCAUAUAGCAGCCCUCUGUAUCCCGUCUUGGCCGCCGAUGCAGACGCCAUGAUUCUUGUCAAUCUAGGCCAGGUACCGUUCAAGUACGCACCUGCUAACGUUACGAGAAUGCAAAAUCCCAGCUUUCUUCGGCUUCCUUCCGGCGCCCGGCCGACGGCAGGCUCCAUUGACAGCGGCGAGCUUUUCUCUGCACCUCGCUUGGAGGCAGACUGGACUGAGCAUGGCAAAAGAAGUAAGAAUCGGAACAGCUACUAUAGCAGUAGUAGUAAGAAGAGCAAUGGCAUUUUGGACGAGGGCCUUGAAGCCGAUUCGGAUCUGUUCGAGAUCUCACUUCAGAGAUGAAUACGGCAUGGGAGAGUCGCAAAGUUUUUUGUUGUUUUUUUUGUUGGGCCUUGGCGCUUCAAUGCUAACAAGUUUAACAAGGAACCAAAAAAAGAAAAAAAAAACUUUUUAUUUGCCUGCGAGAACCAAAACGAGCUCUUUGAUUCUUUGUGCUGUUGGGUUUAGUGAAGAUUGAAGAAGCAUUUGUACAGGUUUACAGUGUACAUGGAAUACAAAAAUGAAACAGGGAAGAAGCAUUUUAAAGCAUCAGAAAAUGGUUUGCAAUAAAAGAAAAAAAAAGUUCUUUUA